AUGUUGUUACAUCUGUCUCUACUUACCUCAGCUCAGACGAGUCACCAGGCGUGCUCUUCGAUUCAACAAGACAAGCGAUUUAUUUCAGCGAAUGUUGGAGAAAGCGUCAUUCUGCAAUGUUUUCACGAUCCCGAUGCUGCUGCGAGGUUUCACUGGUACAAAGUAGCUUUGGAUCAGAAACCACAACUUAUUUCUACUGUCUACAAGUACAACUCAAAUGGAACUUUUUACAAUGAAUUCAAAAACAAUCCGCGCUUCACACUAGACAGCAAAACACAUCGUAAUUACUUGAAGAUCACAAAUUUACGCACCUCAGAUUCUGCAACUUAUUACUGCAUUACUAGGACGACAUAUAAGAUUGAGUUUGAUAGGGGUACCAUCAUCUAUGUCAAAGGAUCAGAAUUAAACAUCCAGACUGUGGUCCAACUAUCAGAAACUGAGACCAUCCAGCCAGGAGGCUCUGUGACUCUUAACUGUACAGUACAAAAUGGGAGCUUUGAUGGAGAAGAAAGAGUUUACUGGUUCAAAAGCUCUGAGGAACAUUAUCCAGGACUUAUGUAUACUCAUGGAGGGAGUAAUGAUCAAUGUGAGCGGAAGCCUGGGGAACAAAGAAACAACUGUGUGUACAACCUGCCCUUGAAGAACCUGAAUUCUUCCCAUGCUGGGACCUACUACUGUGCUGUUGCCUCAUGUGGACACAUACUGUUUGGAAAUGGGAUGAAGUUGGAUGUGGAGGCCAAGGUAGACUCUGUGUAUCUCCUGCGAGGAGCUUUGGUAUUCACCACAUUUCUAAGUGUUUUACAGGCUUUCUUAUUGUUUGUGAUCUACAAGAGAAAUCACUCCAAACAUUCAGAGUCUUCCAGAAGAUCUACUCCCUCCACAGCAACUGGAGAGGAUAAUCAAAAUGAGGAAAACCUUCAUUAUGCAGCUUUCAGGACCAGAAGAUUAAUGGAUCAGAGGUUUAAUAAAUCAGCGAACCAGAGAAAUGAAAACACUGACUGUGUCUACUCCUCUGUGAAGUUUUAG